GGUUGCACUGCUUCAUCACAAGGUUUUGGGAAGAAGACUAAGCUUCAGCCAGCACUCUGUGUCGGCUCUCUGUGUUGCCGACGUGUAACUCUGUGCACUGAGCUCACCUGGAGGGGCACUCCAACCAGCCGAGGCUUUCUGUUGAUGGGUAGACUUUUUGCCCAGAGCUGAUGGAAGCCGAGAGAGUGCGGGCUGCUGUCACUGAGCCUCGCAGCAGCGCGGGGUAUUCGGGACCCCUGCCCCUUGGAGAAGCUGGGGGUGUAAGGGUCCCUUUAAUAGGAACUCUUUGCCCUCUGGAUUGAGUCGGUGUCCCAGCGCCUGCGCUCUGCACGGCUGGCGGUGCCUUUAAGGUGAAGUUGCUGAUUUCGUCAUUGCAGCCGAUUGAGGGGAGGAAGGGAAAGAGGAAAGAGAGAGAGAGAAGGAAAGAAAGAAAGUAAAAAAGAAAGGAGAGAGAAGGAGAAGGGGUGCCGGCGCUAGGGCUGUCUGGAGUCUGGAGUCUGGAGUCUGGGGUCUGGGGUCUGGGGUCUGGACAUCACGUCAAGGAGUCAGACAGACAGACACUGUGUGGAAGUUAGGCUGCAGCUCAGGGGCUGGACGGCAGGAGCCCAGGGUUAGGGGAGAGGGAGACACACACAUACAGACAGAGACAGAGUGACAGGAGGAAGGGAGGGGGAGCUGAGCAGCCGCUGUCACUGAGCUGACAAUCACAGAGCGCUCCAAAGCAAACAAAAGCUGCAAGUUGCUCGGAGGCUGACGAUCCUCGGCGCCAGAGAGAGAGAGAGAGUAUGGGAUCCACCUGAUCGCCUUCCGGAAAACCGGGCAGCCCUUCUCCCUCGCCGCUUUCCCAACGCCGGGAGGAAACUGCACGGAAACUGAUCGGCGCCGCGUCCCUUUUCGGAUCGCCCGGAGCGGAGUGCAGUCGGGGAGAUGUCUGUGCCCAAUGUGCUGGCAAAAGCCUUGUACGACAAUGUGGCUGAAUCACCAGAUGAACUCACAUUUCGCAAAGGGGAUAUCAUGACGGUUUUGGAACGUAACACCGGAGGUUUAGAAGGAUGGUGGCUCUGUUCACUACAUGGGCGACAAGGUAUCGUGCCUGGCAACCGCCUAAAGAUCCUGGUGGGAAUGUAUGAGAAAAAACAGCCAACCUCCAGCCAAGCACAACAGGCCCCACAAUCACCACAGCCUUACCAGCAACAGAAUGUAUACCAAAUGCCAUCCCAGUCUUCACAGUAUACAGCUAUGCACCCUGCUUACCAACAGGGAGACAAUGUCUAUAUGAUGCCCUCAUCAAACAAAGUACAACAGAAUUUGUAUCAGGUUCCUCCUGCACUACAAAACCAGUCUAACAAGUGCCCAGUCACUCCAACAAAAUUGCAGCAACAGACAUUGUAUCAAAAGACAACAUCUCAAGGCCAGUUGACCCAGUCCAUGAACCCAACGCAGGAGAUUUACCAGGUGCCUCCAUCUAUGAACCAAUCCCAGGAUGUCUACCAGGUACCAUCAAAGAGUCCACCUCAGGAUAUCUAUCAGGUGCCCCCAUCCACUGGGUCUGUGCAAGAUAUCUACCAAAUACCUCCAUCCAUGAAUCCAGCCCAGGACAUCUACCAAGUACCUCCAUCCAUGAAUCCAGCCCAGGACAUCUACCAAGUACCUCCAUCCAUGAAUCAGUCACAGGACAUCUACCAGAUACCUCCUUCCCUGGAAAAGACAAAUUGGGAAGGAACAAAACCAAUGGGAAAGGUUGUCCUUCCAACACGCGUUGGUAGAGUCUAUGUUUAUGACACAGCACAGAUGGAACAAGAUGAAUAUGACGUCCUACCAUCACGCAAUCCUCCUUCGGCCACUUUGCAGGAGAUUUACGACGUGCCUCCAACUCGAGGAGGAAUGGAAUCUUCUAGCAAUCAGUAUGGGCAAGAGGUUUAUGAUACACCUCCCAUGGCAAUGAAGGGUCCAAACAGCAGAGAUAAAUCACAGGAAAUCUAUGAUGUGCCCCCCAGUGUUGAAAUGAAUCUACAACACCAGAUCCAUUCUCAACAAAUGGUCUACGAUGUUCCCCCAUCUGUGAGUAAGGAUGUCCCAGAUGGGCCAGUCUCUGAAGAUACAUAUGACAUUCCACUGAGGUUUUCCCACAGGACCACCAAGGGGACAGAUUCCAUGAGAUAUACCAUUCCACCUCAAACCCCAGCAGCACAUGAGGGCUAUCCAAUCGAUGAUGUGUAUGACGUGCCUCCACUGACGGUGAAGCUAACGGACCCUUCCAACAACCAGGAAAUCUAUGACGUUCCUCCAAGCCAGAAGAUACUGGGUGGAUAUCAGACGAAUGUGCAGGAUGUGUAUGAUUUCCCACGGGAUCUUGGUGUUCCAGCUUCUGGAGGCAAGCUCACCAUGAACGAGGAACCUGAGGGCGAUUAUAUUUAUGACGUGCCACCUCAGGUGUGUAGAGAUGCCACAACAGAAGAAAUGACCAACAAUCACAAGAGACAUUCAGCAUCCAGCACGGGCAGCACAAGGAGCAAUAUUUCAACUUCCUCACUCGACGUCAUUCCUGUGAAAGAGUCUUCCAUCUCGCCCAAGCCAAGUAGUAAAGAGCUCAACUUGGACCUGGAGGUAGCGAUGGAGAUCUUGGCGAAGCAUCAGCAAAAUGUGGAGAGCUCCAUUUCCUACCUCAUGUCCUUCAUUGUUACCAGCUGGAGGAGCCGUGAGCACAUGGAGACCAAUGUACAGAACAUCAAGACGGGGGUGGAGAGAGUAAAGAAUUCCGUGAAGGACCUUCUGGAAUUUGCCCGUGGCGCUGUGGCAAACUCCACCCAGGCAACUGACCGCACAUUGUACACAAAGUUGAGCAAACAGGUGCAGAAAAUGGAAGAGAUCUACCAGCUUCUCCUCAAACACAGUCAGGCUUUGGACAACUGUAACUGGGCGCUGAAUGUUCUCAUCAUGAACAAGCAAAGCUCAGCUGAUGAUCUGGACCGAUUUGUGAUGCACUCACGGGGUAUCCCCGACGAUACAAAGCAGCUCGCCUCUUUCCUUCAUGGCAAUGCUUCAUUGCUCUUCAAACGGACAAAGUCACAGCCGGGAGACAACAAGAGUGCAGUGCCUCCUGCUGGUCAUGAGAGCGGCAGCCACUCGACAAAUAACAAUAACAUAUCCAACCAUCAGGCAGGUCUAUCAGACAAGGCCAAUAUCCAGGCAAGGCCCCUCCCAUCGCCACCAAGAUAUACAGCUGAAGAGUCACCUGACACCCAGUAUGACAACAGUGGCAGCGGAUGGAUGGAGGACUAUGACUAUGUUCACUUACAGGGUAAAGAAGAGUUUGAGAAAACGCAGAAGGAGUUGUUAGAGAAGGAGAAUAUCAUACGGCAAGGGAAAGCUCAGCUGGAGCAGCUGCAGGUGAAACAAUUUGAGCGUCUUGAGCAGGAAGUAACGAGACCCAUUGAGAACGACCUCUCAAACUGGACCCCGACGCACCAAUAUGGACAGGUUAAGAGCAAGCUGAGCCCCUCAGACAAGCAGCUGCUAUUGUUUUACUCGGAACAGUGCGAGUCGAACAUUACCACAUUAAUCAAUGCCAUCGAUGCCUUCUUCACUUCCAUUAAUACCAAUCAACCUCCGAAAAUCUUUGUGGCUCACAGCAAGUUUGUCAUUCUCAGUGCCCACAAGUUGGUGUUCAUCGGGGACACACUGUCUCGUCAGGCUAAAUCGCAAGAGGUUCGCAAUAAAGUUACACACUACAGCAACCUCCUCUGUGAGAUGCUAAAACAUAUUGUUAUCACAACCAAGACUGCAGCCUUGCAAUACCCAUCUGGCUCUGCUGCCAAGGAGAUGAUAGACCGAGUCACUGAACUGUCUCACUGUACACAACAGUUCAAGAUGAUGCUGGGACAGUUAGCCGCAAUGUAAGGAUGCAAAUAAAUCUACAUCUUGAGACUGAAAGAAUUGACAGCUGUAAAUGGACUAUUGUAAAUAUUAACCCAUGAGAUGACCAUACAGGGAAAAGUACUUUUUCUUUUUGGUUAGAUUGUGACAUUUCUUAUUAAUCAGCAAGAUAUUUAAAUUCAAAACUAUGUAGUAGUUCCUUUUGUUUUUCUUCUCGAAGUUCUUUUCAAUGUUGUGUUCUAUAAUAUGAAAUGGAAGUAAUUAUUUUCAUUGCUGAUUUUAGAUCGUGGACGUAUGGGUUCUAUUUUAAAACUUCAUUAAAAAUGAGUGGAGAAUUACUGGACCAUUAAAAAUAGAUGGAGAGCAAUUUUCUACUGUGACAAUUAACUAAGUCACUUUUUCAUUGUCAUGGGGCUGUUUUAAUUGAUGAAACGUCUCUGCUGAUUGAAGAGUUCUAAUUCUGGAUAACGCAUCAUUAAUGACCUGUCAAAGAAAAGUCAAAGAGGAUGAGGAGCUAACAGGUGCAGCAUGUAGCUAAGUUAUCCUACGCGUUUCAUUAAAUGUUUAAACAAAGUAAACGGUAUUAAUGUUUUCCAAUUGUUUUGGAUCAUACCUCACUUGGGCACUAUGCUUUCCAUUGCAUUUCAAUAUUUUCCAUUUGUGCAAGCCCACAGCAGAAAAUGCAAAUGAAUUGGUGCCUUGAAAUAAUUAAAAGCUUCUGCUGGUGAACAGAGCUAAAGUCAUUUGUAGCUUCUAUUCACAAUGAAAUCUCAUGGUGUGGGGGAAGCAAAAAUAAAACUGACUUUCAAUGAUAUUUUAGUGACCUAUUUAAGUUUGUGGUUUUCUUUAUAUGGAGGUGUAUAAAACAAUCGUGUUUAACAAUUUGCUAUAAUUAUAUUUGCCAAAAUAAUGUGUUGAACAGACCAAGUUGGGUUUCAGCUGAAACAAUGACUGGAAAAGUACAAGAACUUCCAUUUGAACCUUUUUAACCAAAGCCUGCCCCAGGGGCAUCAGUCUCAACCAGUGUUGUUGGAGCAGUAAUAUAACAUCAACUUGCUUCAGAGCUGACAGCCUUUGAUCAGUCAAUGACUGGAGACAAUAAUCCAUUACAUACAAUAGUUAGUAUCCCCUUUACAUUGCAGAAGAAUUGCUGACAGUUGCAGUUAUUUGGAUAUAACCUUCUCAAAGAAGCUUGCUGGAGCUUUAGUUAUCCAAUCUGCAUGUGGCAACACCUUACACUCUCCAGGUUUUGUUUUUAUAUAUAGAAAAUUUUAUGUAUGUUUGAAACUUAAGUCGCUGAUAUUUGAUGUAAUUGGAGGGUUAUAACCCUGUAAGAAAUGUACCUUUGUAUAUGUCUGCACAUUAUAUGAAUAUAAGCAACUGUGUUUGACAAAUCCUGGUCAAAGACUCUUAAUCUCGCUUCUGUGAAAAACUAGAAUUCUGUAGCCAGUUUCUCCUCUGAGGAUCGUUGGGUGCUCUGACUAUGAUGUGUGUCAUGUACUGACCUGUAAAAUAUUAGGACUGAACAGAACAAUGUAAGAUUCUCAAACCUCUGAGCGCAACUGCUCCUCUGCAAUAACUACUAUGUUUCCAAUGCGUGGUGUCUCUCAAUACUGUCCAAUGGCAGCACAGUUGACACAGCACUGCUUCAGUAAGUUAAUCGUUAGAAAUUAUCACCCUUAAAUAUAUAUGUUAAAAGUAAUCCAAAUGAUGGGUUAAGAAUUGCAAUGUAAAAGGGGUUAAAAGUGAUCUUGACGUUAAUAUUCAUCAUUGGAGCUUUUGCAGUCAUGCUAGAAAUCCCCCCGAUUAGUCUAAAAAUUAUUUUGUAUUCUAUCCUUUUAUUUUGUUUCUGGUCUUAACAUUAUGGUGAAAGACUACUGUAAAUGUGAUGUAUUCUUUACGAUGCAUAAUGGUUCAUAUCUAUAAGAAGUUUUAUUUCUCUUGCACGGUGGUUGGUUUACGGUGGCUGUUGACUUUUGUAUUAUAUUCAACUGGAUUUAUUUUUAAUUAUUAAACAGGCUUAAGAACCAUGAAA